AUGUAUCUCAAGAACAUUGCCAACUUGGCCAUUGUGGGAGGUGCGGUCCUGGCUAUCGCCCACCCUGGUCAUGAGGGAAAGCGUGCUGCUUCUGACCUCUUGGAAUUCAAGGCCAACAUGCGUCGCGGGCUGGAGAAGUGCGCCGCUCGAUUUGACAGCAGCGGUUUGAAUGCCCGUGCGGAGGCUCGCCGCAGAGCCCUGGUUGACUCGCACCGCAAGCGUCUCGCUGCGCGGGAUACCUCCUCGGUGCUUGCCACAACUCACAACGAAACCGGCGAUGGGAUCACAGCCGACUCAUCUGAGAGCGAGAUCUUUGGCAGCAGCAGCAGCUGUGUCCUCAACCCAGAGGGCGAGACAGGCCCGUACUACGUUCCAGGCGAGUACGUGCGCUCAGACCUGCGCGAAAGCCAGGCCGGCGUGCCAGUCACUAUUGAGGGUCAGUUUGUGGACGUCGAAACCUGUGAGCCCAUCACGGACCUGUACUGGGACAUCUGGAACUGCAACGCCACCGGCGUUUACUCCGGCCUCGUCGCCACUGGCAACGGGAACACUGCCGACACCUCCAACCUCAAUGCUACCUUCCUGCGAGGUAUCCAAAAAACCGACUCUGAUGGCGUCGUCACCUUCAGUACUCUCUUCCCUGGCCACUACUCCGGCCGCACUACUCACCACCACAUGGUGGCCCAUCUGGAUGUGACGGUCUUGGAAAACAACACGAUCACUGGUGGCACUGUCGCCCACAUUGGACAGAUCUUCUGGGAUCAGGACCUGAUCAACGCUGUCGAGGCCACGGCCCCAUACAACGAGAACACCGUCACUCUGACCACCAACGCGGAGGAUCGUGUCUUUUCCGACGAGACGGAGAACUCCACUUCCGACCCGGUGUUGGACUAUGUUUAUAUUGGCGAUGACCUGAGUGAUGGGCUUUUCGGAUGGAUCACCAUUGCUGUCAACGUAUCUGCCACUUAUGACCCGAACUACAGCUUCAUCUAUACCUCCAGCGGUGGUGAAGCUGUUGAUGACAGCUCCUCAACUGGCGGUAACUCGCCCGGCGGUGGCCAGUCCGGCUCUGGGGGACCAGGUGGAAGCGCCCAGUCUAGCGGUGGCCAGCCUGGUGGUUUCUGA